UAUGUCGCUUGAUGAGCAAUGCAGCCGCUAAUCCCGAAGAACUGAAGUUGAAGACACUCCUUCAGACCCGUUUCCCACAGGCAACUGCCAUUGAGGUCCAGGAUAUAUCUGGAGGCUGUGGUGCAAUGUAUGAAGUUUGGGUGGAGUCCAUAGAUUUCAAAGGCCUGAACAGAGUUAAACAGCAUAAAUUAAUUACUCAGACCUUAAAGAAGGAAAUUAAAGACAUGCACGGACUCCGCAUCACAACUUCAGUGCCAGAAGAGACUUAGUAUUCAUCUACCUAGAUUCAAUAUGUACAUAGCAGUAUGUUAACAGUGAUAGAAGUAAUGUAGAUAUGU